UGUUUUUUGAAGCUAUUUCGCUAUUCUAGAAAGAAAGAGCUUCCUAUUACUCGCACGGUCUUUUGAAAAUGAGUUCAAGGAUUGCCAAUCGCCGGAAACCCCGCAAAAUCGGAGGGGAUGAAGACAGCGACGGCGGGGAGCAAGCUUUAGACUCCGGACCUAUUGUCAAGCGUCCGACGAAUUUGAAAGCGAAACAAAAGUCGAAAUUACGGCUCUCUUUCGGACCGGGUGAGACGUCGAUGACGGACGAUAGCGGCAAUGGCGACAAUGAAAGCGAGGUAGUGAUGCCGAAGCGACACGGUCUCGGUAGACGGGUCUUGGAAAAGAGCGCCUUUCAGAGGUCAUUGACUCCUUCCGGUGCCGGUAACCCUCCUUCCCUGAGGGUGGGACCCGAGCAGGAUAGGCCGAGCUACAAUCAGGAAUAUUUGAAGGAACUGCGCGAGUCCACACCAUCAACCCCGAAAGCGACAAGUACCGAGGAGGAGAAGGAAAAGACAAUCGACGUGGCCGUGAAGUUUGGGGAAGUUAUGAAUGUAUCGGCGCCGGCUGCUAUUCCUAGUGAAGCCGAGAUCAGGGAGAAGAAAGCUCGGAGAGCACGUCUGGCGAAGGAACACGGGGGUCUCUCGAAAACGGAAAAGGACUUCAUCUCCCUUGAAGUUGAUGGCGACGAUGACGACUGGGAACUACAGGGUCGACGGGAGGAGCCUCAAGAUACAAGAUUGGUUCGCGACGACGAGGAUUUCGCGGAAGGAUUCGACGAGUUCGUAGAAGAUGGCCGCAUAUCUCUUGGAAGGAAAGCAGAGCGCGAACAACAGAGACGGCAGCGCGAGGAGAUACGCGAGCUCAUUGAUGACGCCGAAGCACUCUCCGAAGAAGAUGAUUCGGACGUGGAAGAAAAGGCGGCCUACGAAGCAAAGCAAACACGAGCUGCCAUGGGAAACAGCCAUCGAGACGGUGUUGAUCGGCCCAAAACGCCACCAAAAGUCACCUCACUUCCGCGUCUCGCUCAAUCCCUUGAGCGGCUACGUAUGAACCUCGCCGUCCUGGAAAAGUCUAAGGCACAAAUGGUCGAUCGCAUGGAAGAACUGCGAAAGGAAAAGGCGGACAUAGCCGUCCGAGAGGUGGAAAUCCAGGUCUUAAUCAAAGAGGCUGGAGAUACUUACGAGAAGCUCAAGCAGGAGGCUGAGGCAUCGUCGGGUGUCGAAGGCAAUCAAUCAGCAGCUGACGACUUUGCGAACUCUCGCGGUCUGGAAGGUCUUGGCGCAUCAAUAGCACCUUCGGCAAGUGCCUCGGAACAGGAGCGGGCAGCGCCCUUGUCUCUAUCUGUCCUAUCAUGCCAGCGGAGCGUGAUUCCCUUUAUCGAAUCGCCUAUUGAUGAAAAAGAUGGAGAUCCUCCUCAUCUCUAUCGCCACUCCGAUGCCACCCCAAUUGAACUAUUCUUUGACCUCUUCUUCGUUGCCAAUCUCUCGACUUUCACAGCCACGCAUGAAAUCAAUAACGUAGAAGCACUUGGGGCAUAUGUUGGCUUUCUCGGGGUCGUCUGGUUCACCUGGCUCCAAGUGACAUUAUUUGAUAUUCGAUUUGCUCGUGACUCUAUAUUUGAGCGAAUCUGCAAGGCGAUUCAAUUGGCCGUGAUGGUGGAGUUUGCGUCGGCAGGGACUCGAUUUACUACCAGAGUGCGAGAAGAAAACAUCUGGGCUUUUCAAUCUUUAAGUCUGAUCCUCGGUGUGAGUCGGCUUUUACUCUCGAUACAAUACACUGUCAACGCCGUCUUUUUGGGCAAACGCAUGAGAUCUGCAGCCAAAAGGGUCUAUUUCAUUGCUACGACACUAUUCAUUACAGGGUUUAUAUACUUGUGGAUGUACUUCGCUUUCCGCAGCCAUGGCGUGGGUAGUACCUAUGCCUGGACGAUUUGGUUCAUCAUGUUCGCCCUUGAGAUGUGGGUAGUUAUGGGAACGUCGUCUGUCAAAUCUGGGAUCGGUCUUCAAGACACACAUCUGAACGUCAGGAUGGGGCUACUGACUUUGAUCAUCAUUGGUGAAGGCGUCAUCGCGAUCACCAGAAUUGUCAACAAGACAGUCGGGCCGGGCGGAUGGACUAAGUGGUCGUUUGCUCAUAUUCUCGGCGUCACAACUAGUGUGUAUUUUCUGUGGCAAGCGUACUUCGAUCUUUCUCCGCGGCGUACCAUGGGGAAGCUCUCUCAGCAGAUCUGGGCCCAGCUCCAUUUCCCAUUCCAUGUCGUUCUCAUUCUUCUGCUCGAGGGCUCCCAGAUCCUUGCUUUGACUUUGGACAUCACUCUGAAGCUCAAGUACCUGACUGAAACUAUUUUGUGGACCUGUGAAGAGCCAAGACCCAUGACGGAAGAUGCCAUCCACCUGCUGCGGACAACCAUUGCCGAUAUGGAGAUCAACUAUAGCCGGGGUGCGAUCAAUGAACAGAUCUCAAUCUCUCAAAUUUUGGAUGAUCUUCCACAUCAACCACUAUGCCCGUCGGAUGCGCCAGAAGAUUUUCCCGUCACUAGUGACCUUCUCAGCAAUCUGGUCGGAAAUGUCACAGCGGCUUUGUUCUCCAGCAUGGGUAUCAUGCCUUCCAAGAAAGCAGACAUUGGGUCGAUGACCAGUGAUCGCUUACUACGGAUGUACAUGGAACUCCUAAGCUUUGUCUAUGUCUAUUAUUUUGUCGUUGCCGCUCUCGCAAUGUUCUUGUUCGCCACGUUCGUGUUGCUAACGCGUCGGCAUGCUCGCGGUAUCUGUGCCGCCAUUAGCGCGGCAGUUCGUGUGUGUUUUGGAAUACUCUUAGCUGCCCUGAUCAGCUUCUCUCGACACUUCCCGCUCGUAUAUUCAUUCAUGACGUCUCCGGCUAUUCUCUACGCCUUUACGCUUAUUUUACUCUCAGUACUUCUGGCUGACCGAUUUUUGGACCGUCAUGGUGAGCGCAUCAAGCCUAAAAAGAAAGGGAAGCAGUUAGGCGAAGUUCUUUGGUAGGCAUUCCGAACGGUGGUCCUAUCAGAGCGCCUCCGGU